GAUCGACAUGGCCCACAGCGAGUGUCUACAUUGCAUUUCACAUCAUAUAUAUUAAGACUACUCUCCCUCGAAGUUUGUACCACAUCAUAUUUUCUGACGAUAUAGUCUACUUUCUUUCUCUAGUCGCUCUCUACUUCUACAUUCAAUCCUUCCAAUUUUUUUCGAUCUCUACGAUCUCGUCAAUCCUUACCAGAGUCUGGACACUCUUUGAUUUUAGAUACAUACAUUCAUACAUUCAUUUACAAAUUUACUUCUUCCUUCCAAACUCGCAAAAAUGGUUCUCGCAACUUCUAUUCUUCUUCCUCUUUACCUUUACCCUACUCAAGGUGCUUGGACCUGGGCCACCAAUGCCAUUGCAGCUUACCCCUCUCUUGCAUUCACCAUCAUUGUCAACCCGGAAUCUGGACCAGGAGCUCUCAAUGACUACCCAGAAGAUGAAUAUAUCUCUGGCAUCACCAAUUUGACAAAGUAUGACAAUGUCAAACUUUUGGGAUAUGUGGAUACCCAAUACAUGGCCAAGAGUACUGCUGCCGUUGACCAAGAAGUCGAGACUUACAAAUACUGGUCUACCUACACCAAAGGAAACAUCGCCGUCGAUGGAAUCUUCUUCGACGACGCAGUCAACGAAUGGACAUCCGACUCUUCCAGCUACAUGACCACCAUCGCAGACAACGCACACGCUCUAAAUCUCACCGUCCACUUGAACCCCGGUACUAUCGCUGACUCCGAAUUCUUCAACAUCGCCGACAAAGUCGUUAUGAUUGAAGAUGACUACUCCGCCUAUUCCUCCAAGAAAGGCAAUUCGUUGAAAAAAAUUGCAAGUACCAAACAAGAGCAAAGUUCGGUCAUUAUUUACGAUUUCAGUGGUUCUCAAUCUCAACAGACUAAUACCGUUAACUCGAUUGUUGCUUCUGGGGUUGCGGAGGUGUAUAUUACGACGGUGGAAUAUACAAGUCAGAGUAAGAUGUGGACUCAAUUCGUGGCUGCGGUCAACAGUGCAGUGGGGAACUAGAGUAUUAGUUUGGAAGGUCGGUUAUGGGGUUCAGUGGGGCGGUCGGGGACCGAAGAGAGGGGAGACAACGUCGAGCUGGUGAAUUGACGGAAAGUUGUAUUUGGAUCCUGUGGAAAUCCUUCUAUUCUUGUUUUUACUUUUUGGUGGGAAUGUAGAUUCUUGGAAGCAGGUGUUAGGAAAAUUCACAUACAUUUCUAUGUGAUGGAAAAUGAAAAUAUCAUGAUCAAGUGCGGAAAAUGGCGACUUCUUUUCCGCGUAUCAUUGUUUUCACUGAAACCACUUUCAGUUCUUCGAUUUCAUGAAUGUGGCUAAAGUCUUUCCAUAAAGAGUUCCCUCUCCAAAUUCUAGCUAUACUGCAAAUCCUCAGUCAUAUGAAAGUCUUUGAUAUUGCGAAGUGCAAUAUCAGUAUCUCCACAGACUCCAAUAAAUGAAAUAAGUCAAACAUUCCAACAACUUCCCCGAAGGAAACUACAGGUUUCUAUAUCCGUUAUAUUUUUAUUGUUUCAAUCACUACAACUGAUCUGUA